GGAAAAAUACAAAAAUUAGCAGGGUGUGGUGGCACAUGCCUGUCGUCCCAGCUCCUUGGGAGGCCGAAACAAGAGGAUCUCUGGAGCCUAGGAAUUCAGGGCCGCAGUGAGUUACGAUCAUGCCCUUGCACUGCGGCCUGGGCAACAGAGGGAGACCCUGUCUAAAAAAAUAAAUAAAAGAAAAGCAAAAAGACAACACGCAGCCUGGACAAGCUGCCUCCAUGGAUGAGAAGAGAGAAGCAUGAAAACUGAAAGAUCAUUUCCAAAAGGCUGCAGCUCCUCCACAGGAAGCUGAGUCAUCUCUCUUUGUUUUGAACCAUAACCAUCAUGCUGCCUCAGAAUCUGAAAAAGUAAAAAAGAACUAAAAAAUGCUGAGUUCCUUCAUGGUGCAGAGGCCCUUCUUGUCUCUACCCCAGAAGGAGCCGAGUGGAGGGGCCACAGAGAUGGGACCCCCUCCAACGCACACUAAAUACCUCCGCCUGAAUAUGUAUUGCAAAACCGAGAGCACCGCGCCUGCACACCCUGGGAUUUGCCUUGCUAAGUCUCAGCUGUCCCACCUGCCACGUGCACCUGCCGCAGCCCUGCCUGCCCUGUGGGGCUGGUGCUCUCGGGGUGCAGGAGUCAGGGUUGGGAGGCUGCUGUCUCACCUGCACACUUGUGGACAGCACGAUCACAACCCCAAAUGCCUCCUCCCAGCACAUUUGGCAGAAUCCAGUCCAGAAUCUGGGCCUCGGCUUAGCUCUUGUAAACUCCUCUCCUACAGAUGCUGGGGUCCAGUGAGUGUUUGAUGAAGAAUGCAUGGGCUUUCUGUGCUUGUCUGGUAUCACCCAGCUUCUGCCUUUUAGAAUGACUCGUUCCUUCUUUGUGUGCUCAAACUCUGCCUCUUCUCCAAAUCUCAGCUUGAAUGACACCAUUCUUAUGAAGCUCGUGCCCAGGCGACUAACCUGAGACCCUUAACCGUAAGCACCGUUUCCGUUGUAUUAUAGUUACCUCCAUGUGUGAGCUGGGCUGCCUGUGAGGACAGGGGCAGUGUUCUGUUCAUACAUUGCUCCAGCAUCUGGAAUUAUGACCUACGUGAAUUAAGGAGGAGGCAGAGGGAACAAAAAAGUUUGUUGAGUGAAUGAAUAAAUAAAUGAUACUUGAAGGAUUUUUACCUUUGUGUUUUCUUUGUGACAAUCAAUUACACCUUUCACUUAUCUCUUGUUUCCGAUGAACAAGUUUAACAUUCAACAAACAACAUGGCUUCUUUCAACAUCAACAAAUGCCCAUCAUUUUUCAGGGCUGCAUAGUAUUCCACUGUACCAAGAGCCAUGAUGUAUUUAUCCACUCCUCUAUCAAUGGACUUUAAUUGUUAUUUUCAUCUUCUUAUAAACAACGAUGCAAUAAAUAUCCUGGCCACACAAAUUUGAGCCUAGAAAGUUCUUUCUCAUCCAAAGCUUAUAUAAAUAUUCAUGGACAGUUUCUUCUUGCAUGCUUACAACUUUGUAUGUGUUUCUAAAUCUUUGGUAUGUCUGAAAUUUUAAUCCAUCUUUGUAUCAUGGUGCAAAAUCCACCUCUCUUUUGCCUUGAGAUGAGUGCCACGUGCCUUGGAUCUAUUGGUUGUGUGCACUUUCUAUUUGGUGAGCACCCACUGUGUGUCAGGCGCCGUGCUGGGAGCCGGGACCCAGAGAUGAGCAAGACAGACGAUCCUGACCAUGAAGAAGCUCAGAGCCUAGAGAAGAACAGUAAGCACAGAAACAAAAGUCAUCAAACACAUAAGCAGAAACCAUUGGCUGGAGGUGUGUGCUAUGGACAAAAUAAUUCAGGUGCAGGUGAGAUUAGAGGAGCUCUCUUUGGGGAGGAAGGAGAUCUUUGAGCAGAGCUGAAAGGAUGAGAAGCCGUCAGUUGUGUGAAGGUCGGGGAAGAACAUUCCAGGCAGAGGGAACAGCAUGAGAAAGGUACAGAGGCAAAGAAGCAAGACUUUUUUCUUUCUGGAGCCUUUUGUAACCCACCCCCACUCUCUCCCUCCUCCUGCAGACAUGCUGGGCACCAGCCGCCUUUACCACAUGAAAUUUGCUCUUCCCAGGCCGUUCUCUCUGCCUCUUAGUAUUGUUAGCAGUGUUCAGGAAUAGGAUGAUUGCCCAGCGUUCUUCCUGCUCAGUCUGGAUCCUCUCUCAGCUCUAGGAUGCUUCCUCAGCAGCCUUUGCUUCUUCUGAAAUGUCCAAAAAAUUAAAAUUAGUUUAAUAGCAUCCAGCACAGUACAUGGCACUUAAUAGGUACUAUUACCCCCAUUUUACAGGUGAAGAAACCGAGGCUCAGGGAAGUUAGCCAUUCCAGCAGGCAGAGCUAGGAUUCAAACCUAGCCCUGUCUUAUUUCAAAGUCUGCCUUCUUCGCGGAGCCCUAGUUUAACUGCAUUUGUGGGAAAGCUGAUGAGAGACUGCUGGUUAAUCCCUAGUGCCUCGGGCCAGCUUAUUCCCAAGCGCUUGGAGGCAUGUGGUGGGUGACCUUGGCCUUUGGCCUGAUGGCUUCAGAAGAGUGGAAAGAAACCAGGGGAGGUUCUUAUUUUUUUCAUUUUAAAUUACAAAUGUAAUACAUGCUUGUGGUAAAGAAUAAAAAAAUGAAACGAGAAAAAAGCAGCAACUGAAAAUAUCUCCUCCUCCCUAGUGUAACCACUAUUAACAGCCUGGUAUCUUUUACAGGGCGUGUUCAAACAUAUACAUAUACACAGUUACUAUUUUUAUAAAAAUGGAACCGUGUCCUUGACUUUUUCUUCCAGCCAGUUCCAAGUCAGUUCCUCUAUACCUUCCUCAUUCCAUUGGAUGUAUUUCAGUGUAUUCAACCAGACCCUGGCUUUCGACAUUUAGCUGUCUCUAAUUCUCUCCGUAACAAGCAACAUCCCUGGGCACGCAUCCAUGCACUGAGUACAGGUAUUUCUGCAGGAUGGAUGCUCAGAAGUCUAAUUGCUGAAUGAAAGGGCGUGUAAGUUUCACACGUUGACAGGUGCUGCCAAUUUGCCUUCCGAAGGCUCUUCCAGUGCACCACCCCUCCCAAGGCAGCGUGUGUGAGUGGGGAAGGCUCUUAAGCCACAGAUGACGUGGAGCUGCGCUGUAUUUAGGGGCUGCCUCCUCUACUCCCCGAGACCUGGCGUGAAGACCGCCACCAGGAGCUCUGAACACGCAGGCCCAAAUUGGAAGAAGAGAUGGAUUUUGAUAAAAGAGCUUGAUGGUGACAGUGCCUACGUGGGGAUGAGUGACGGAAACCCAGAGCUCCUGUCAACCAGCCAGACCUACAACGGCCAGAGCGAGAACAACGAAGACUAUGAGAUCCCCCCAAUAACACCUCCCAACCUCCCUGAGCCAUCCCUCCUGCACCUGGGGGACCACGAAGCCAGCUACCACUCGCUGUGCCACGGCCUCGCCCCCAACGGUCUGCUCCCUGCCUACUCCUACCAGGCCAUGGACCUCCCAGCCAUCAUGGUGUCCAACAUGCUAGCACAGGACAGCCACCUGCUGUCGGGCCAGCUGCCCACGAUCCAGGAGAUGGUCCACUCGGAGGUGGCCGCCUACGACUCAGGUCGGCCCGGGGCCCUGCUGGGCCGCCCGGCAAUGCUGGCCAGCCACAUGAGUGCCCUCAGCCAGUCCCAGCUCAUCUCGCAGAUGGGCAUCCGGAGCGGCAUCACCCACAGCUCCCCGUCACCCCCGGGGAGCAAGUCAGCGACACCCUCUCCCUCCAGCUCCACUCAGGAGGAGGAGUCGGAGGCGCAUUUCAAGAUCUCGGGAGAAAAGAGACCUUCAGCUGACCCAGGAAAAAAGGCCAAGAACCCAAAGAAGAAGAAAAAGAAGGACCCCAAUGAGCCGCAGAAGCCCGUGUCGGCCUACGCGCUCUUCUUCAGAGACACUCAGGCUGCCAUCAAGGGACAGAACCCCAGUGCCACUUUCGGUGAUGUGUCCAAAAUCGUGGCCUCCAUGUGGGACAGCCUGGGAGAGGAGCAGAAGCAGGCCUACAAGAGAAAGACGGAAGCAGCAAAGAAGGAAUAUCUGAAGGCUCUGGCAGCCUACCGGGCUAGCCUCGUCUCCAAGAGCUCCCCGGACCAAAGUGAGACCAAGAGCAGUCAGCCAAACCCACCAGCCAAAAUGCUGCCACCCAAGCAGCCCAUGUAUGCCAUGCCAGGCCUGGCCUCCUUCCUUACACCAUCAGACCUGCAGGCCUUCCGCAGCGGGGCCUCCCCGGCCAGCCUCGCCCGGACCCUGGGCUCCAAGUCUCUGCUGCCAGGCCUCAGUGCGUCCCCACCGCCACCACCCUCCUUCCCGCUCAGCCCCCCACUGCACCAGCAGCUGUCACUGCCCCCUCACGCCCAGGGCGCCCUCCUCAGUCCACCUGUUAGCAUGUCCCCAGCCCCCCAGCCCCCUGUCCUGCCCACCCCCAUGGCACUCCAGGUGCAGCUGGCGAUGAGCCCCUCACCUCCCGGGCCACAGGACUUCCCACACCUCUCUGAGUUCCCCAGCAGCUCGGGCUCCUGCUCCCCCGGCCCAUCCAACCCCACCAGCAGCGGGGACUGGGACAGCAGCUACCCCAGCGGGGAGUGCGGCAUCAGCACCUGCAGCCUGCUGCCCAGAGACAAAUCGCUCUACCUCACCUAAUCCCGCCUCCCCCUCAUCCCCGAGGCUCGCUGGAAGGCACUGCUCGGAGCCUGAAGGGCUGACAGCAGAAACGAGGCCCUGGCCAGAGGCAGGGUGGCCCAUCGGAGAGAUCCCAUUGCCCAGGGGCUGAGUCUCUUCCUCGACCUCCCACCAGACUCUGCAGAGACAGCCCCACUGCCCGCCGCCAGCCCAAAGAACCUGCAGGAACCUUCUGCCUGCUGACCUGCUUGCUCCAGGGUAACCGUGGACCCUGUCCUCGCCCUGCGCACGGUACCCUAUGUCUGGAUGCCUGGCCCCAGCUCCAGCUCAUGGGGACUGCCCCUGGCGGAGUCGCUUACCAACGGACACCCACCCCCAAUGCUUGGGCCAGGGGGCCGGCCCCCAUCAUAGACGUGCACAUCGGCUUUCCAGUGUGAACAAAUGACGAAACCUAUGAACUCUUGGUUCCGUGUAAGUAGUUGACUACGUGUUUUAGAACUGUGCUGAAGACAUCUGUAAGAUUAUCUUGUGGGGGGGGGAAAAAAGUAGUUUCCUUUAAGGUAAAAAGCAUUUUAUAUGGCCCUUAGCACAUUUUUAAGUUUCAUCUUAAGGGAGACGUGCACAAAAGCGGCCGCCAACCUGUGUGGCCAUCCUCAGCAAGGACCGGACGAUCGCGAGCCCCCACCCCCGCACUGCUCUCCUUUCAAACAUGUAUUCAUGUAUUUUAAAUUGCCAGCGACGAUUUGUCUAUUUAUGAAGAAACCCUGAGAACAGAGUUGCAGCUUCUCCUACCGUGUGCGUGGUUUUGGGGUUUGGUUUGGUUCCUUGACGUUGUUUGCAGCUGUUUUCUGGCCCUGGCGAGUGUCUGUCUUGGUGCCCAGUGCUUCUCUCAAAUCUCUUUAUAAUAAAACUUCUGAAAAGCUG